AUGUAUUUAAGGUGUACAGAACACCAUUUUAAAAGCCGAAUGAUAAUUAAAAGCGAAUCUAUUACUAAAGGGCCGUCAGAUCAUUCACACGUGGCUGAUGCAAGUAAACUUCAUGCAAGGAUUGUAGUGGCAAAUAUGAAAAACGAAGCUAUUCACACACAACAGUUACCACAACAAAUAAUAAGUGCUACACAAAUACCAGCUGGAGUGGUGGGAGCAAUGCCAUCAGUAACUUCAAUAAAAAAUACACUUCGUCGAAUUCGCAAAAGGAACGACUGCGUCCCUACAGAUCAAAAAUCGCUUUCCUGA